AUGGUAAUCGCUGGCGAAAUUGACAUUAUAGCCGCGUCUUUAUCCGUGACUUAUCCUCGAUCCCAAGUGGUCGAUUUCACUUUCGCAUUUUCGGAAGAUCCUCAGAAGAUUCUCAUUCCUUAUCCGCAAUUGGACAGCACCAUUUCAGGCAUUGUUAAACCAUUUCAAUACGAGGUAUGGAUCGGUAUUAUUCUUAGUAUGUUUAUCGUAGCCCUAGUUCUCGGAUGGAUUUCACGAUUUGAAUGGAGGAUGAAUCGACAAUCAUUCCACGGAGAAACGGGAUGGUUCCCACAUUUCUGGUUCCUCUUCCGAGCCCUUGCCAAUCCUAAUGAAGUCAUCACGUUCAGUUUGUCAACCAGACUAGUGGUGGCCGCCUGGUGCUUGAUAGCUGUCGUCUUCGUCAACUCGUACACUAGCAGUCUGGUGUCUUAUUUGAUGGCCCCGAAAUUCUUGCCCGUCAUCACCACCGUCAAAAGUUUGGCAGAAAGUCGCGACGUCCAGAUAACGGUGUUGAAACACACUUCAGUCGAAUCCAUACUAUUUGAGGCGACAUCCGGAGUCCUAGCCAAACUGGGAGCCCAUCUGAAAGCUCAUCCGGAAAACCAGUUGCCAUCAUUGGAGCACGUCGAAGACGUAGUCUACUAUCAGCGCAAAGCUUUCCCCCACGAGGAAACUGUUUUGAAAGUGCGGAUAGACAACGAUUUUAAAGUUAAUAAGAAAUGUCGACUGGCCAUCGCCAAGGAACCACUUUUCCCGGAUCAGCACGGCUUCGCCUUACACAAGGGUAGCGCUUUAACUGACAUGUUUAACUACAAUGUUGUUUGGCUACGGCAGUUGGGAUUAUUCAAUCACUGGAGAAGCUCUUUCCUACCUGGACCGAAUCGCUGCUCAGUUCCGGUUGUCACUCUACGUUCUCAUCCGCAUAAAAAAUUAACUCUCAAUUAUCUGUUCAGCGCUUUCCUUUUGUGGGGCGUCGGCGUCGUCGUCUCCAUUUUGGCCUUCAUAUGGGAACGCAUUUUGUAUUACAGGGAAUCGAUUAUUUAAUACUUUCCUUUAAUUGGGGCGUUAAUCGGCACAAUUAAUAAUGACGUAGCGAACUAGCGAUCGUGUCGGUUAUAGAAAUCGAAUACUAAAUUACUUUCCGUUAUCUGGGCAAACAUUAAAUAGUUCUUUACUUUUAAUAAUUCGCCCACAAUACAGCUAUAAAAUAAUCAUUGACCCUUUUAUAUUGAUUUUGUUAUUUUUAAAAUAAGACAUUCAAUUUUGUUCAUUAGCAAAUGUGCAGGACCAAAUGAAUU